GGAAGUGGCCGAAUAAAAUGACAGGACGCCUCCGGGCGUUUAUGGGAUUAGAUCAGAAAGCCUCGAGCUCCAAGCAGCAUCAGUCACCUAGCAACCAGCACCAGUUACCUAGCAAUCAGCACCAGUUACCUAGCAACCAGCACCAGUUACCUAGCAACCAGCAUCAGUUACCUAGCAAUCCCCUACAAAUAGAGAUCAGUUCAGAUAAACCUGACACACUACAAGUGCCUUGUGCAGACUCAGCGGGCGAGUCGGGAGAGGAAAGUGUAACUCCAACUUCUAGAUCUGAACUGGACUUUAACGUUCCAGCUGUGACGCCCACUACUGAAAAGAAACAGCUACGGAGAAAAGUAACAGCAAAGAACCUGGAUGCACCAGAGAAUGGCACACUGAAGAAAAGAGGCAGCAAAAGCAGACUCAGUCCUAGAGUUCCUCGCAAGGAGGCAGAGGACGCAGAAGAAACACUCAGUGAAAGUUCAGAAGACGACGACUUUGACGAUGAACAAAUAAUCAAGGCUGCAAUCCAAGCGCAGGACUACGAAGCAUUAGAAGACUUUCUGAGUGUGGACGAUGCUAUCGUGAACGAGUUCACCUCUGAAGGAAGAAGGUAUCUACACGAGUGUGUAGUGUAUGAUGACCAGGACGCUUGUGAUAUAGUCAUGGAAGCUGGGGGACUGAUCAACUCUAGAGACCUACAGGGCUGGACAGCGCUACACUACGCAGCUGCCUUCGAUCUUACAGAGAUGACUCAGUACCUCCUGGACAGAGGAGCUGAUCCGAGGAAGAAGUCUAAGGAAGGAGAAACCCCGGAGGACGUGGCAGAUGACCCGGAUAUUAUCCAGAAGCUGCAGGUAGCCAGAGCUAGACGGGGGCUCCGCUCCAUCUCCACUGUCAGUACUAGCGAAAUAGAGGCUGCUCAGGAGGAGUUUAAGCGGAGGACCGCCGAGAGACGGAAAACCAGUGUUCAAGCCAGCUAGCUUCGUGAAUACAAGUUCAGGAGUUACCAGAUAGCUUCGUAAAUACAAGUUCAGCAGUCACCGAAAUUCCCAGAUUUGAUGAGGAAUACAAGACUGACGACUAGUACACUUUCCGUCUAUUAAAGCUGUUAAGGGAAUUUUCUUUGAGAGCAAAAUAGACGAUCAUUCGCGAUUUUUGGCUAUUCAAAGUAAACCAGUUUUUAAAGUUUGUAUGUAGUUUGGAUUUUGUUUAUCAUUUCAGUUUCAGAGAUACGUUUAUCCGAGGUCAGUUUCGGACCGUUUGUUCUGCAUUUAGUGUGGUAAACUACCACAGUUAGAGAGAUAUUAGAGGUUACCACGACAGUUAGAGAUAUUAGAGGUUACCACGACAGUUAGAGAUAUUAGAGGUUACCACGACAGUUAGAGAUAUUAGAGGUUACCACGACAGUUAGAGAUAUUAGAGGUUACCAUGACAGUUAGAGAUAUUAGAGGUUACCACGACAGUUAGAGAUAUUAGAGGUUACCACGACAGUUAGAGAUAUUAGAGGUUACCACGACAGUUAGAGAUAUUAGAGGUUACCACGACAGUUAG